AUGCUUGCCAUCAAAUCUUUGUCCCUAAGUGCGCUGCUCCUCGCGGCGGUGAGCAGCGCAAUGGAAUGGACCACCGUCGGAUACGAGACCACGGAGGGGAGUCGCUCCAUGCAGGUGCCUUUGAACGACUGCUGGAAGUUCUCGGAAGAGGAGGUCAACACCGUGUUCUUGUCGCGGCCGUGUCGACUAUUCACUGCGAUCGGCUGCACUGGCCGGAGUACCAUGCUCAACCCAGGCCUUCACACCUCCUCCGACCCGAUUCCCUUCAUCGACAGUAUCGAGUGUUACUAG